CAAAAAACUCCUUUGAAGCUUUCAAAGCUCUCUUCUAUUAGGCUCUCACAGCUAACCAAAGCUUCAAUUGUGAGCCAACAUGGCACAACUCAACCUCACAUUGCUAGCCAUUUUCCUCUCUCUCCUCUUUUUAAUUCUUGCAACCCCAGUUGAGCCGUCAAAGCACAAAAAUUCUCAAACAAUGAUCUACAUAGAGUCCUCUUGCAAUGACACCCUCUAUCCAAAUCUUUGCAUUCGUUGCCUUGCCAGAUAUGCCAAAUCCACCAUAAAUGGCCCUCAACACUUAGCCCAAUAUGCCUUGUCAGUUAGCCUCUCCAGAGCACUUCACACAAGAGGGUACCUUUUGAAAGUGGCCAAGGAAAUUAAGUCUAAUAAGGGUGCCAAGAACUACAAAAGGGAAUACCUAACAGUGCAAGAUUGUGUGAACCAAAUCACUGAUAGUGUGGAACAACUUAGCCAAGCUAUAGAAGAACUUCGAAGGUUGAACAAAAGUGGAUCAACCAUCAAUGAUGACAUGUUGUGGCACAUAAGCAAUGUUGAGACAUGGGUGAGCACCGCCUUAACAGAUGCUAGGAGUUGUGUGUACUCAUUUCCUGGUCAUAGGAUGAGUAAGAGAGCAGCUUCUAUUAAGGUUAAGGCUAUGAAUGUGGCAGAGGUUACUAGUAAUGCACUUGCCUUGUUUCAUAGAUAUGCAUCUAGGUAUCGGCAAGCAGAAGCUAGAACCACAAAGCCCUAGCUAGUUAGAAGCUAAUAUAAGCUAUAGCUUAUUACUACCCGUUGUUAUUCAUGUACUUGAUACAUGUUUUUUUUUUCUUUGGGUGGGUUUAUGAUUUUAUUAAUCUGGUGCAAUCUUGUUUUACCGAUAUAAUUUCAUAAUUGUUUAUGUUCA